AUGACCGAAAUUGUAGAAUUCAGAGCUCGCGAGCUUCCUAUCCGCCAGCAGGGAUGUUGCAAGCCUUCAAUCCCCGAGAAAGCAAAGCCCGUGGUCGUGGACAAAGAAACCACCCCUGCUGAGGCUGUGACAACACGACCGAGAUUCUGCAUCGAGGAUCAUCCCGGUGACCGGCCACGUGGGAUUCGCGUGGGAAUUGUCGGGGCCGGACUAUCGGGGAUCACAGCAGGGAUCUUACUCCCUGCCAAAGUGCCAGGGAUUGAUCUGACCAUCCUGGAGAAGAAUGCUGACGUCGGCGGUGCAUGGUUCGAGAAUACCUACCCUGGUGUGCGGUGUGAUGUGCCCGCCCACGUCUACCAGUCCGGCUUCGCGCCGAAUACUCAGUGGAAAGAGGAGUUCGCACAAGGACCAGAGAUUCGCGAGUACUGGCAGGGCCUUGCCCGUCGGUUCGAUGUGUACAAGUACUUGCGUCUGCAGCGCAAAGUCCUCCGAGCGGAAUGGCAGCUGGACGAAGCCAAAUGGAAAGUCACCAUCCAAGAUCUUCGAGACAACAAGAAGAUAUAUGAAGAGACCUUCGACAUCUUCAUCACCGCCAUCGGGUACUUCAACACGUGGCGCAUCCCCAAUUUCAAAGGCAUAGGUCAAUUCCAAGGCGCCAUAUUCCACUCAUCCAACUGGGACCACAGUGUCCCGCUCGAAGGUAAACAAAUCGCUCUCAUCGGUAACGGUGCAUCAGGCAUUCAAAUUCUACCCGAAAUCCAACCCAUCGCCUGUAAAAUCGAUCACUACGCCCGUAGCCGCACCUGGAUCGUCCAUCCGCCCAACGUCGACGGGGACUGGCAACGGGCGUCUCUCGCAGCCGACAAGUUGGAGUCCUUCCGCGACCCGCAGACCUACCUGCAGUACCGCAAGGAGAAAGAGGCGGAGUUCUUCCGCGGGUUCGCCACCUGCUUCCUGGGCUCGCCUGAGAACGACUUCCUGCGGCAGAUGUGGACGACCUCGAUGCUGGCACGCGUCGAGCACAACGAGGCCCUCCUCAGCGACCUGAUCCCGGACUUCCCGCCUUGCUGUCGUCGUCCCACCCCGGGACCGGGGUAUCUGGAAGCGUUGAUCCAGCCGAAUGUGGAGCUCAUUCGCUCGGGAAUCGACCGCCUGACGCGGGAUGGGAUCCAGACGGUGGACGGGGUGGAAAGGCCCGCGGAUGUCGUAAUCUGCGCGACGGGCGCCAACUCCGAUCUUGUGCCGCCAUUCCCAGUCGUGGCCUUCGGGGUGGAUCUCUGCGAAGCCUGGGCAUCGGACGGGAUUUACGGGUUCCCGUACACGUACCUCGGGACAGCGACGCCCGGGUUCCCCAAUGCGCUCUGGUUAGGCGGGGCCCACGUGGUCGGUCCCAGCGGGACAAUCCCCAACUGCGUGGAGAACCAGAUCACCUAUAUCGCGAAGAUGAUUCGCAAGGUCCGCGGCCAGGGGAUCCGCACGUUUGUGCCGGCCAAAGCCGCGGCGGAUGAUUUCUUCGAAUAUUGCCAUGCGUUCUUCCCACGGACGGUGUGGACAGGAAACGAUGACUCGACGCCGGGGAAGGCAAACUGUCGGUCGUGGAUGAACGGGGGACGGCCGAAUGGGUUCGUCCAUGGCCUUUUUCCAGGAAGUGCCAGUCUGGCAAACUUUGUUCGGCGGGAUCCGCGGUGGGAGGACUGGGAGUAUACGUAUACGAACCCGAGCGGGAACAGAUUCGCCUUCCUGGGCAACGGGUGGACAACACGAGAGAUGCAGCCUGAUGCGGACUUGACACCUCACCUGAAACAGCCGGACCAUAUUGAUUUGAGAUCUUACUUGGAAGGGUGGUGGGAUGUCUAG